AUGUGCUCCCACUGUAAAACGUAUGGCCAUGGAAAAGAAGAUUGUAGGAAGAAGCCAGCUGAACUGAAAACAAAAGAUUCUAAGGAGUUAGAGCCCAGGACUAAUGCUGUCACAGGAAAAGAAGUGAAUGCUAGGAAGCAAGGUGCAGGGGGAGAACCAGCAAUAAUUAGCAAACACAACACUGGAGUACAACAUUCUCAGUUUCAUGUUUUGGCAUAUGCUGAUGAUGCUGAAUCAAGUAACAGAGAGGAGGCGAAGGAAAAUGAGAUUCAGAAGGAUAUUUCAGCAGUCCCUGAUCCUGCAUAUGCAUGA